UUGUUUAAGAUAAACUGAUGCCAUAUAAACGAGGACGAAAACGGUCGCCAAAAAUUUCCCCCUAAAAUCUUAUCCCUUCGCCUUUCUCAUUUCAGUCUUAGCUCUGAGCUCCAGUCAUGGCGUCUCUCUUACUAGGAUCCCUCCCAAUCCCCUCUCAGUCCCUCCCUCUCGCCUCUCGCAUUUCGUUUUCCCAAUCCCAAACCCUAGCCACUUCUCUUCCCUCUUUCGCACUUUCUUCCUCGUUUUCAUCAAUCUCCGCAACUUCUCCUCCAUCAUUCCCUUCAGUGUACUGUGGCAGAGGCGAUAAGAAAACGGAGAGAGGAAAGCGUUUCAAUCACUCCUACGGCAAUGCAAGGCCUAGGAACAAGAAGAAAGGGAGAGGACCACCGAGGGUACCGGUUCCUCCGUCGCCGCCUAGGAAAGAUAAGUUUGAUAGCGAUGCGAAAAUCAAGAUCGAAAUCGAUGAGUCUCUGUUCUCCAACUAAUUGAAAUCCUAAAUCUUUUUUUUUUUUUCCUUCUAAUUUCUGUUGGGUGUAAUAUUUGAGGAUUAUGUAGUUCCCUUUGUUGAAUGUGCUACACUUGCUUGUAAGAAUUCCGCUGAAAUUCU